CCAAUGAGAAAUUUGGUUUUCUCAUUGGUGUUUCUAAUAUUUAAUCUAGUGAAUAAUAUCAAUAAAGUCAACUCGCAAUGUACUUCGGACACAAUUCCAAGCUCAUUGGCAACGUUGACUCAGUAUCAAGUAGGAUCUGAAGGAGAUCCGUAUUACAGUCAUUUUUUGGUCAAUGGUGGUGCAUCUUUCUCGUAUGGAAAUGCUUCAGCUACUGCUUUAUAUGAAUUGAGUGCUUAUGCGAUAUCAGCUGCUACAACCAAUUGCACAUCUACAUGUCUUACAUCUGUUUCAGCUUAUUACAAGACGGAUUCUGACAAAUUGACUCUAAUCAUGCUCCGGCCAUCGGAUGAAGCUCUCUACCCAAACUACACCAGCAUGGGACUUCCAUCCUUUUUUUGCGCGACUGUUUCUGGAAACUGUGGAGCUAAAACUCCAUUAUACCAGUUCUAUUCUUCCGCCUAUGAUGACUACUACGCGGACACUGAGCAAGCGAACAACACCAAUGCCACGUAUUCUGUUGCUAUGAUGGGGCUUCCGUUAUGCUAUUUAUGGGUACCUCUUACAACUACAACUACCACCACUACGACGACAACGACUACAACAAGUCCAAUGAACACAACGACAACUACAGUACUCAUUAACGGAACUACGACUACUACUGUACCAACAAAUGAAACUACAACUACAGUACCGCUUAACGGAACUACAACAACUGUACCAACAAAUGAAACCACUACAACAUCACCAUUGAAUGGAACUACUACAACUACAGUACCCAUUAAUGGAGCAACUACAACUAUUCCAUCAAAUGGAAACAUCACUUCUACUACUACUACUGUACCAUCAACUAAUACGACGACCACAGCCGUAAAUUCAAAUUCAACAACAACUACCGUCUCACCGGACGACGAUUAUAAUGGAUCUGGAGAACAACCGGGAAAUUCGGAUGACAAUGGAGACAAGAAAGGUUGGUGGCACGAUUGGAAAUGGCCAAUAAUUGUUGCUGGGUGCUUAGCAGGUGCAUCUAUCGUUCUAUCAAUUAUUGCAUGCCUAACUUGUUGCUUCAUCGGAAGUGCUACGGUAGCUGCAAAACCAUACAGUCCUCCUCCAAUUUACACAUCUCCAUCUCCACCGGAACUUCCUCCAAAUCCCGUUGAAGCUCCAUCAAUAACUCCAUUUACUGUUGGCCUACCGCCAAGUGUUCCAUAUUGAUUUGGUUUUUAUUAUUUGGAAUGUAUGUAGUUGAAAGUAUUCACUUGUUUAUUUGUGUGGCUUCACUUUAAAAGAAAAAAAUAAUGUUUGAAUUCUGAUGCAAAAAAAAUAAAUUUGAUUUUACGAUUA